ACGAUCACUCUCUCUUCCUCCCUCUCUCAGCGCUCGGCACUCUCUCCCUGUUUUCUACUUUCUCUGACUAAAACGAAGAACUGAAGUCGAAAUCAACAAAUCAUCUGCUUGCUCUGAUUUCCUCUCGUGUUGAUUCCUUUUUGUGUCUGGAACUUAACAAUCUUGGUCUCCCUCUCUCUCUCUCUCUCUCCUGGAACUCAAGAACACAGAGCGGUGCUGGCAUUUUCUCUUCUCGACAAUCUACCCAAACUACCAUGCAUUGAAUAUUAUGGAUCGGUGACUGUGAUGUGAAAUCAUCUGUGUUUUUGGAUAAUGGCAAACUUAAAUAUUCAGAUUUUUUUGACUUUUUUUUGUUGAGGAUGUAAAAUGUUAUUGAACAUGUAAACCUUAGGAUGUAAAGUGUAAUUUAUGAAAGUAUGGAGGGAAAGUGAAAUUUAGAGCAAACUAUAAGUGUUUUUUUUGUAAUUAUCCCGAACUUUUACCCAACAUUUUGUAAAUGUUGUAUGUAAAAAGAAAGUGCACGCAAAUAGCAUACAAGGUGUUUGAUCAUUUGCCUCAGUGUAGUUGUUGAUAUUGAUUUGGUUUCUUUAUGGAAGAAGUCAAGUGAUUUUUGUUCUUUUUUCAUUUGGAUAUGUUGAUUAAAUUUUGAAUCUUAGUUUUGGGUUGUUAAUGUUUUAGUGAUACAAUAGUUCUUGUGAAUACUGGCCAGUUUUUAUGUUGGUUCCAUGAUGGGAUGCGAUGAUAAAAGAUUUCAUACGAUUGGAAGUGGUCUUUACAUUAUUUUUAAAAAAACUAUUUGGGAUGGUUUUUGGUGAUAAUUUGGGUUUUAUUUGUACUGGAUGAUGCUGUCGUCUUCAGGUGUCAUUAAUGACUGUGUGUUAAGGCCAAACUCAACUUGCAUAAUUUCGUGCUUCUUAGAUGACCUAAAUGAAAACUUCUUGUUAACAUAUGCAGUUGUGUGCUUCUGUGGCUUUGGUUAAUCCUUAAUUAUAUUUUCCUUUUGGUUGUUGACUUCUUUCUCUAUCCAUCUUGAUGUUAUCCUGCACUUUAAUGAUAAAUGGGAUAAUUUUUCAAAAUUUCUUUUUUGUUAACUUCUUGUUGAGCACUGGUUGGCUAGAUUCUAAAGUUUCUUUUGGAUUUCAAACAGGUGAAAGUUUGUGUGCAAAAUCCUGAACGACAGCACACUUUCAAUUUUUUAAGCCUCAAUGUCGCUUCGGAAAGCACCCCUCCCUCGGAUCCUUCUCGACAAUGUAUCGUGCAUGAGAAAUGCCCAGCAAAUCUUGCGGCAUGUAAAUGUCUCUGUUCAUGAUGGUGGGGCGCUUGUACUGACAGGCAGCAACGGUUCGGGCAAGAGCACCUUUUUGCGAAUGUUAGCUGGUUUUUCUAAGCCUUCUGCGGGUCAGAUACUUUGGAAUGGUCAUGAUGUGACUGAAUCUGGAGUGUUCCAUCAGUACAAGCUUCAGCUCAACUGGCUCUCCCUGAAAGAUGCCAUCAAGGAAAAGUUUACUGUACUCGACAAUGUUCAGUGGUUUGAGCUUCUUGAAGGCAAGCAAGGGAAUUCUCUGCCUGCUCUUGAGUUGAUGGGGCUUGGAAGAUUAGCAAAGGAUAAGGCAAGAAUGUUGUCCAUGGGUCAGCGAAAAAGGCUGCAGCUUGCAAGGUUACUGGCGAUUGACAGGCCAAUUUGGUUGUUGGAUGAGCCGUCUGUUGCAUUAGAUGAUGAUGGGGUGAGGUUGCUUGAGUACAUUAUCGCAGAGCAUAGAAAGAAGGGAGGGAUUGUGUUUGUUGCGACUCAUCUACCAAUUAACAUUGAGGAUGCCAUGUACUUGAGGCUGCCACCAAGGUUCCCCAGAAGGAUGACCUUGGUAGAUAUGCUCGAUCGUGCAGAAAUCUCAUAAAACAGGAGAUGUAUAUUUCUGCUCUGCUGCGCAUUGAUUUUUUUCAUUCCAUCCGAACUAGUUGUCUUCAUUUGACUAGUUGAGCUUCUGGUGAGUUAUUCCAAAAUAGUACAUGCCAGUUGAUGCAAGGCAGAUGAGUGAAGUCUUCCGUCUUUUCUAAUUGCCUGAAAUUAGUGUUGUGAUUCUUACUUAGAUUUCAUCAGUGACACAAGGAGCAUAUAUUUUUCUUUUAUUUUCCCUUUGUAAUUUCGGAUCCUUGAGGAGAAAUGAGGAAUGAGAAGUCACACAGCUAGUUUUUUUCCAAAAUAA